CCACCGGCGUGAUAGAUCGGCCCAGGGUUUCGCUCGUUCUCCGUAUUCGCCGUCGUUGAGGAGCGUUGGAUGUUUUUGCUUUUUGCUCCUGGGUAAAUCUCGGUUGCAAUGGCUGCUUCACCUCUGUCAGAUCACGACAAGAGAAAGCAAAUUAGUGUGCGCGGAAUUGCACAAGUAGAGAAUGUAGCUGGCGUAAAGAAGACCUUUAACCGACACCUUCACUACACUCUGGUCAAAGACAGAAAUGUUGCCACUCCUCGCGACUAUUUUUUCGCGCUUGCCUAUACGGUGAGAGAUCAUUUGGUUGGACGAUGGAUCCGCACCCAGCAAUACUACUACGAGAAGGACCCAAAGAGAAUCUACUACCUGUCCCUCGAGUAUUACAUGGGUCGUAGCCUGUCCAACACCAUGAUCAACCUGGGAAUCCAGAGUGAAUGUGACGAGGCAAUGUACCAGCUUGGUCUUGACAUAGAAGAGUUGGAAGACAUAGAGGAGGAUGCUGGCCUUGGAAACGGAGGCCUGGGCCGCCUUGCUGCCUGCUUCCUUGACUCCAUGGCAACGCUGGGUCUAGCUGCGUAUGGUUAUGGUAUUCGCUACGAGUACGGCAUCUUUGCACAGAAGAUCAAGGAUGGUGCACAGAUAGAGGAACCAGAUGAUUGGCUUCGUUUUGGCAAUGCGUGGGAGAAAGCUCGGCCCGAGUACAUGCUGCCCGUUAACUUCUAUGGCCGUGUGAUCCAGACUGAGCAGGGUGCCAAGUGGGUAGACACGCAGGUGGUAAAUGCGAUGCCAUACGACAGCCCCAUCCCUGGUUAUGCCAACAACACAGUUAACACAUUAAGGUUAUGGGCUGCAAAGUCACCGCACAGCUUCAAGUUGAGCUUCUUCAACGAUGGUGAGUAUGUGCAGGCUGUGCUGGACAGGAACCAUGCCGAAAACAUCACCCGUGUGCUCUACCCUAAUGAUAAUUUCUUUGAGGGCAAGGAGCUUAGACUGAAGCAGGAGUACUUCAUGGUAGCCGCCACACUGCAGGACAUCAUCCGUCGCUUCAAGUCGUCGCGGUUUGGCUGCCGCGAUCCUGUUAGAACCUCCUUCGACACUUUCCCUGACAAGGUGGCAAUCCAGCUGAACGACACUCACCCAUCGAUGGCAAUCCCAGAGCUGAUGCGCAUCUUCCUGGACAUCGAGGGCCUCACGUGGGAGAAAGCGUGGGACAUCACAGUACGCUCGUGCGCCUACACCAACCACACAGUGCUGCCUGAAGCCCUCGAGCGCUGGCCCGUCUCCCUGCUUGAGAACCUACUGCCACGUCACCUGCAGAUCAUCUACGAAAUCAAUGCCAAGUUCAUGGAUGUCGUAGCCAAGAAAUGGCCUGAUAACUUUGACCGCAUGCGUCGCAUGUCGAUGGUGGAGGAAGAAGGAGAAAAGAGAAUCAACAUGGCCCAUCUCAGCAUUGUGGGCGCACACGCCGUUAACGGUGUCGCCGCUCUGCACUCUGAAAUCCUCAAGGCUUCCCUAUUCAAGGAUUUCUAUGAGCUGUGGCCGGAGCGCUUCCAGAACAAGACUAACGGCAUCACACCACGCCGCUGGCUGCUGCUAUGUAACCCAACCCUGUCCGACGUCAUCGCUGAGAGAAUCGGUGAUAGCUGGAUCAGCCACCUUGAGGACCUGAGACAGCUGGAGCCGCUGGUACUGAACGACAUGUUUGUGAGAGAGGUGAUGACGGCGAAGCAAGAGAACAAGAUGAAGCUGGCAGAGCUGCUAAAGAAGGAUUACAACAUCAACAUCAACACGUCAUCGCUGUUUGAUGUGCAAGUAAAGAGGAUUCAUGAGUACAAGCGCCAGCUGAUGAAUUGCCUGCACAUGAUAGUCAUGUACAACAGGAUCAAGAAGAACCCUAAUCAUCCCUUUGUGGCACGAACCGUCAUGAUAGGUGGCAAGGCAGCUCCUGGCUACCAUACUGCCAAAGAUAUCAUUCGCCUGAUCUGUGCAGUGGCGAGAGUCGUAAAUAACGACCCGAUCGUGGGAGAUAAACUGAAGGUGGUGUACCUCGAGAAUUAUCGUGUGUCACUUGCCGAGAAGGUCAUUCCGGCAUCUGACCUCAGUGAACAAAUCUCCUUGGCUGGAACUGAAGCUUCUGGCACUGGCAACAUGAAGUUCAUGCUUAACGGAGCUCUGACAAUUGGCACACUGGAUGGUGCUAACGUAGAAAUGAGAGAGGAAAUGGGUCCAGAGAAUAUCUUUAUCUUUGGCAUGAAUAUUGAUGAUGUGGAUGAGCUGCACAAAAAAAACUACAACCCAAUGGACUACUACAACAGCAACCCUGAGCUGAAGCUUUGCCUGGACCAAAUCCGAGGUGGAUACUUCAGCCCCAAUGAUCCAUGCUCCUUCCAUAACUUGGUUGACACUGUUCUAUAUAAUGACAGAUUCUGCCUCAUGGCUGAUUUUGCAGCAUAUGUGAAGUGUCAAGAGAGAGUCAGUGAGGUCUAUGCGAACCCGAUGGCAUGGGCCCGCAUGUGCAUCAUGAACAUAGCUGCCUCGGGCAAGUUCUCGAGCGAUCGCACCAUCACCGAGUAUGCACGCGAGAUCUGGGGUGUCGAGCCCAACGACGUCAAGCUUCCAGCUCCGAACGAGGUGAAGGGAGACAAGACUACCCAGCUGCCCAGCACCUUUGAAUAGACUCUAGCAGAAGCACUGCUUGGGACGGGUGUGGGAGUGGUCAUGUCACGCGGUGACAGUUGUUGGUUAUUUACGACGUCCAAUAGUUGUUUCGAUAUAGAUGGUGGGAUUCCACUUUGCUGUUAAUGUUGUUGCUAGCUAUAAAAAGUGCACUCGUUUCAGUAUUUCCUCAGUGGCCGCAUGCGCGACUAGGAAAUGCACUUAGAUGAGAAUUUUCCGGUGAUUUCACUACUAUGGUGAUACAGUAAGAAUUGGCAGACCUCCGCAGCAAUCGCCUGUUAACAAUACUACAUGGGUUUGUGUCAAGGGGCACACGUGACCAGGUAGAGCUACUGAUGUUGAGGCUUAAUUCUGAUUAGCUAGUCUAUUUAACUUGAAAAAAUACUAAUUAAAAUGGAGUGAACUUCUUGUGGUGCAAAACCAAUCCCGCGUGACGAUAUUGAAGAAAAAACAAGUAACCGGUGUAGUGCUAGGCUGAGUCAGUGUGAGUGUAGUGCGUGAAUUUGCAAGCAACCUUAUGAUGAGUAAUUCUAUCUCGUAUAGGACUGCAAGUCAAUACAGCUAUAGUUGUGAUAUGCAGAACCAGUGAGUCGGUACCUUAUUCCAGUAUUCAGUGUAGGAAUGUUGGACAAAGUCAAACAUAGAAUGGCCCGGAUCCCUGUAAGUUGUUAUUGAUUCCCCCAGUCUUAACCCAGUAACAUCCAUAUUAAUAAUACGAUCACUUACAAGUUUUGAAUAAUGGCAGUAUUUAUUUUCAAAUAACAUAUAUGGUCACAUUUUCUUGUUGUUGUUGUUGUUGUUGUUGUUGAUGGUUUUGUUUAUGUCGGUAAGAAUGAGUUGUUCGGUGAAAAUUUAAAGAUAUUUGGAUGACUAAAAAUCGGAAAAAAUACAGAAAAGACUUUCCAGGCAAGGCUAGUAUUUCUGGUUUACAUUGUUAUUUACUAUAUUUGGUGUAGUUUGUUGAUAGGGGACUUGUAAUGCUAUACCAUUUAUGCAGUAACUAUUAAAACCUCAAGAGAAACCAAAGCCUGUUAGUGA